AUGUCUACCCGACCUUUGCACGAAGCGCCCAGAGAUCUCUCGAUCAUUGCCAGACAAGAAGAGGCUCUCAUUCUUCCUCACUUCAAUGCCGAUGACGCGUUGGAAAUUGGCCUAGCCCUUCGAAACCGGCUUCGAGCUCUAUCUCAACUGUCAGCCGUGGUUAACAUCUCGCUCGCCAACAGCAACAACCUCUUGUUCCAUGCCGUUUCCCGUCCCGGUGUCCAGCCAGAUAACGACAUCUGGGUGGCACGCAAAAGAAAGACUGUGCUACGCUGGGGUGUAAGCACGUGGUUCAUGCAUAACAAACUUCACGGUGACGAAGAUGCAUUCAAGAAGAAGUAUAUGCUUGGUGAGUCGGCGGGAGAAUAUGCCAUCCAUGGUGGAGGCGUCCCUGUCAGAGUCCACGGUGUCGAGGGCAUUGUCGGUGUCAUCGUCGUGAGUGGCCUAAAACAACAUGAAGAUCACCAAGUCGUUGUUGAAGGGUUGGAAGAAUACAUCGAAGGUCUCAACAAACGCGCGUAG